CCUCGCCUGGCUCCGCCCCUCUGUCUGUCGCGCUGCAUUUCGGGCGAGAGGAAGCCGCGGAGCGCUCCGGUAGGGAGAGUGACGUGACGUCACAUCCGCCGUGUGUGGUGUUAUUAUUGUUCCUGUGAGCGGAGCGAGGCGGAGGAGAGGAGGACCGGAUCAAGAAUCUGGACUUCACUGGCUGCUUGCUUGUCCUGGGUUGUGCAAGCAAUGAACUUUUGUAACCUUCCCCCGCUGCUAAUCCCGAGGAACCGCAGAGGAAGCCAUGUUCAGCUUCAUGAGGGACCGAGCCACAGGACCCGCCAUGUUCCUAAUGGAUCCUUUCGCGUUGCAUCGCCAGCAUAUGAGACGCAUGUUUUCUGGAAAUUUUGGGAUGUCGCCGUUCCUGAGCCUGACGGACGGGAGUGUGCCUGGACUCGCUCGUUCUGCAGCCCCUCGUGACAUGCAGGCCGGUGCCUUAUCACCCUACGGUAUGAUGGGAAUGGGGGGCGGAUUCAUGGACAUGUUUGGAUUGAUGAACGAUCUUAUGGGAGGUAUGGAACAACUGUCCAGCGGGUCAAACUGUCAGACAUUCUCUUCUUCCACGGUCAUUUCCUACUCCAAUAUGUUGGGGAGCGGCACCCCUAAAGUAUAUCAGGAGACAUCACAGACGUGCACCGCUCCCGGCGGGAUUUGUGAGACGAGACGCACAAUGCGGGAUUCGGAUAGCGGAAUGGAACAGAUGAGCAUCGGUCACCAUAUUGGAGAGCGGGCGCACAUCAUGCAGCGCUCUCACAACCGUCGCACGGGAGACCGCGAGGAGAGGCAGGAGUAUAUAAACAUGGAUGAAAGUAAGCUGUGCGCUCGGGUGGGUCUAGACAUGAAAGCUUUUACCUGAUUGGCUCCCCCUUAC